AUGGUGGAAACUGAACACGGAACUCCCACGUGGAAGUUCACACAAUGUUUCGGCGACAAGGGGGAUGUCGAAGAUAUCACAGAGGCCGACAUCAUUUCCACAGUCGAGUUUGAUCACACAGGAAACUAUCUGGCCACUGGCGACAAGGGUGGUCGCGUCGUGUUGUUUGAACGGAACGAGACAAAAAAGACAUGCGAGUACAAAUUCCACACCGAAUUCCAGUCGCACGAACCGGAGUUUGAUUAUCUCAAAUCCCUCGAGAUAGAGGAGAAGAUCAACAAGAUUAAGUGGUGCAAGCGUCAAAAUGCCUCACACUACCUCCUUUCCACCAAUGACAAAACCAUCAAGCUGUGGAAGGUGUUUGAAAAAUCCUUGAAGGUGGUGGCAGAGAACAACCUUUCAACAGACCUGACCCCUGGGGGAGUGGGAGGUGGUGGUCCCCCUCGCCCUACUCACACUCACUUCAAGGACGCUUCGCAGUUGAAACUCCCUAGGUUGACCCAUCACGACACCGUCGUAGCCGCUGUCCCUCGACGGACUUAUGCCAACGCCCAUGCAUAUCACAUCAAUAGCAUCUCCGUCAAUAGUGAUGGAGAGACCUUCAUCAGCAGUGACGACCUCCGCAUCAACCUGUGGAACCUCAACAUCCAAGACCAAAGCUUUAACAUCGUCGACAUCAAGCCUGCUAACAUGGAGGAGCUCACAGAAGUCAUCACCGCGGCAGAGUUUCAUCCGAUAAGCUGCAACUGGUUCAUGUAUGCCAGCUCCAAGGGCACGAUCAAACUGGCCGAUAUGCGUGAAAGCGCACUUUGUGAUCAACACGCGAAGCAAUUCGAGCAGGAAGAAGACCCCUCAUCCCGAUCCUUCUUUUCCGAGAUCAUCUCCUCAAUUUCCGAUGUCCGCUUCUCACAUGAUGGCAGAUACAUUCUUUCAAGGGACUAUUUGACUGUCAAGAUUUGGGACGUAAACAUGGAAAGACAACCUGUCAAGACGAUACCGAUUCACGAACAUCUCAGACCACGCCUGUGUGAUACCUAUGAAAAUGACAGCAUCUUUGACAAAUUCGAAGUGGUAUUCAGCGGCGAUGGCAGCAAUGUAAUGACUGGAAGCUACAACAACAAUUUCAUGAUCUACCCGUCUGAUCCUGAGCAAGAGACGGAGGUGGUCCUGCAGGCAGAUAAAUCUGCUUUCAAGGCUAAGAAGGUGGGAGUGCCAACGCCCAUCAAUUCGUCAGCGAAUGGCAACAAGAAAGGAUCGUCCAGAGCUGGCAGCCCAGCAGCUGGAACAGGCAGCAGAAUGCGCAAGGAAACCGAUGCCGAUCAGAUUGACUUCAACAAAAAGAUCCUGCACAUGAGCUGGCAUCCAUUUGAGGAUAGUAUUGCCAUUGCUGCCACAAACAAUUUGUUUGUCUUCUCAGCGCUGUAG